ACUUGAACCAUUCUUGCGAGUUGUGACUACUAGAACCCUCUCUGCCGUCGUAGACACAAUCUAAGGUAGAAUUUGGAAAGGGAUCUCCAACGGUGCCUGUCGCUGCUCUCAUGAUGCGCACAUUAACACGACAGCUCAGUUCUUAUUUGUGCAGAAAGAAUCACGGGCUUGCUCAAACUCGCAAAUUUUCUUCGUUCAAUGGAAGAGAUGAGCUCUCAAUGGAGGAGGAGGCUGAAAGGAAAAUAGGUUGGCUGUUGAAGCUUAUUUUCGCUGGGACUGCCACAGUUGUUGCUUACCAGUUUUUCCCUUACAUGGGUGAUAAUUUGAUGCAGCAGUCUGUGUCGCUCUUGCAAGUCAAGGAUCCGUUGUUUAAAAGGAUGGGAGCUUCCAGAUUAUCCCGUUUUGCUGUCGAUGAUGAGAGAAGAAUGAAAAUAGUAGAGAUUGGUGGAGCAAAGGAGCUCUUAAAUAUGUUAGGGACUGCCAAGGAUGAACGCACACAGAAAGAAGCUUUGAUCGCUCUUGUUGCCCUUUCACAUUCAGAUGAAGCUGUCAGAGCUCUGCACCUGGCUGGAGCAAUCUCAGUAAUUAGGUCAAUUCCAGAUUCUUUUCAGGAUUCUGAAGUCAUGGUCCACAAAUCCAGCUUGCUGAAGAGGUUCCAAGAUAUGACAUAUGAUACGACAUCUUGAAUUUUAAUCAAUAGGUCGGGAGAACUGGAAACUGUAGGCUCGUUCUCUUUUAUGACUCGACAGCCUAUCCAAAUCUCGAGUGAAGAUCUAUCCACAUCUCUUAAACAGAUAAAUGGAAGCUUACUGUGAUAUUUUGACAAAAAUAUCUGAAUUUUGUAUAUAAUCUGGAGGCUUUAUGAUGACUAGGAUGUUCAAAAUCCUGUUACAUGCCUUCGGUGCUCUUUUCGAUUCUUAUUUCAGUUAUCUGAUUUGUGGUUCAUAUCCAUGCCUAGUAAUGGAGUACUGUUGCAAAUAUGGUGCAGGAAUCCUUCACAGUAAUGAGAUUUGAAGUUGAAAAUACAGCUAAAAUUCUGCACUAA